AUUAAGAUUUUUAUUUUAAUGGCAGAAUAGGAGUAAUAAUAAGCACCAGUAGAAGAAUAAUAAUAAGCAGCUCCAGUAGAGAAGAAAGGAUUUGGAAGAGGAGGAAGAGGAUAAAGAGAAAGAAGAGAAGGAGGAGCACCAAGAUAAAAUAGAGGUCCAAGAAGAUUUGGUGGUGAAUAAGAGUGGACACCAUUAACAAAAUUAGGAAGAUUAGUAAAAGCUGGUAAGAUUAAGAGUCUUGAAACAAUUUUCUAAUUUUCAAUUCCAAUAAAAGGUAUGAAAUAAUAAUAACAUAAUUUAGAAUAUCAAAUAGUUGAUCAUUUCCUUAAGAAUUUGAAAGAAGAACCACUUGCAUUAGGUCCAGUUUAAAAGCAAACAUGUGCUGGAUAGAGAACAAGAUUUAAGGCUUAUGUUGUAGUAGGAGAUGGUCAUUAACACAUUGGUUUGGGAUGGAAAUCAGCAAAAGAAGUUUAAGGUGCAAUUAAAGGAGCAGUAAUAAAUGCUAAGCUUAAUUUGAUUCCAGUGAGAAAAGGAUAUUGGGGAAAUAAGAUUGCUUAACCACAUACUGUUCCAUGCAAAGUGACAGGAAAGGAAGGAUCAGUCAGAGUUAGAUUAGUACCAGCACCUAGAGGUACUGGUAUAGUUGCAGCUAUAACAUCUAAGAAGGUCUUAUAGAUGGCUGGUAUCUAAGAUUGUUACACUCAAUCAAAGGGAAGUACAAGAACUAGAUCAAACUUUUUGAAGGCAACAUUCCAUGCACUUAAAGAAACAUAUAAUUUCCUUACUCCAGAUCUUUGGGGACAUACAAAAUUAGAAUCUACACCAUUCUAAGAACAUAGUGAAUAUUUAGCUGCCUUAAAAUGAGAUAAUAUUACAAUCAGUA